AGUUGGUCUUGCCGUGAAAGGGCCUCGAGGUUUAGGGUUUUAAAUAGCAAAAUCCCAUAUAUACUGUCAGUAAAUUAAUACCACCACCGCGUCAGAGAAGCAAAAGCACAGCUUAAUUACCACGGCCGCGAUGACAAACUCGAAUGCUCCAUCAUCAUCAGCCAACUACUCAAAGAAGAGAAAAGCUGCUCAGCAGAAGGGUAGGAUGAGUAAGAGGCGAGAGGCUAUAAAGGGUACAUCAACAAUAGCUGUAGCGGAUGUCAGCAACAAACUGAGUGAGAUGAAUGUUGGUGAAAACAUCUGGCAGUCACAUGCUCCAGUCUCAUCUGUACGAUAUAAGAAUUGUGGUACAACAAAAAGCCUAAUGGCACAUGGUAAAAAAUCCUUAAAGGGAAAAGCUGCUCAGGAGAAGGGUAUGAUGAGUAAGAGGCGAGAGGCUACAAAGGACACUUCAACAAUAGCUGUAGCAGAUGUCAGCAAUAAACUGAGUGAGAUGAAUGUUGGUGAAAAUAUCUGGCAGUCGCACGCUUCAGUCUCAUCCGUACGAUAUAAGAAUUGUGGUACUACAAAAAGCGUAAUGGCAGGUAAAAAAUCUGCCCGCAUGAUGGCACAUGAUAAAAUAUCCGCUGGCGCAAUGGCACGGGGUGAAAAAUCCAUCAAGAAAUCAAAGUCGUAUGGGAUAGUUAGUGGGGUAAUGCCAGUUGAAGCUGAAAAAUCACCACUUAAUGGAGGCACUUUUACAAAAGAAGACAAUAGCACCAAACCAUUACAAAAUAAGAAAAACAAGAGUGCAAUAAGUAAAUUGUUGGAGAAUUUUCCAGUCGAGAACUCUACAUGCUCACUUGCCCAAAUAAGGGCGACCUUCUAUCCUAAAUUCGAAAAUGAAAAGUCUGAUCAAGAGAUUAGAACAAGAAUGAUUGACAUGGUCUCCAAAGGGCUGGCUACUUUGGAGGUUUCUGUUAAACAUUCUGGAUCACUUUUUAUGUAUGCUGGUUGUGAAGGUGGUGCAUAUGCUAAAAACAGUUUCGGCAAUAUUUACACUGCUGUUGGCGUAUUUGUUCUUGGGCGAACAUUUCAAGAGGCAUGGGGCAGCCGAGCAAGCAAGAAGCAAUCAAAAUUCAAUUCCUACCUUGAGAGGAAACGCAUGUGCAUAUCUAUGGAGCUAGUGACUGCUGUUCUAGGAGAUCAUGGACAACGUCCUCAGGAAGAUUAUGUGGUAGUGACGGCAGUUACAAAAUUGGGAAAGGGCAAACCAGAGUUCUACUCGACGCCCGAAAUAAUUUGUUUUUGCAGGAAAUGGCGUCUACCGACAAAUCAUUUUUGGCUGUUCUCAACAAGGAAAUCAGUGACCUCAUUUUUUGCCGCAUAUGACGCACUGUAUGAAGAAGGAACUGCAACAACUGUAUGCAAGGCUCUUGAUGAACUUGCAAAUUUAUCUAUACCAGGGUCAAAAGAUCAUAUAAAGAUGCAAGGUGAAAUUUUAGAAGGUCUCGUGGCCCGCGUUGUGACCCGUGAUAGCUCAAAACGUAUGAAGAAAGUUCUAAAAUAUUCAACUCCUCAUCUACCGGUGGGAGUUGGCCUUGAUCUGGGGCCUAGCCUGCGGGAAAUAUGUGCUGCAAACAGAUCAGAUGAAAAGCAGCAAAUAAAAACACUCCUUCAGAAUGUCGGCACCUCAUUUUGCCCCAGCUUUGUUGACUGGUUUGGAAAUGGAAGCACAGAUGCACACUCUGCAGAUGCUGAUGAAUCAUUUAUUUCAAAAUUCUUACAAGCUAAUCCUUCCGAUCUUUCCACGACCAAGUUUCAGGACAUUAUUCGUUUAAUGAGAGAGAAGCAUAUUCCUGCUGCUUUCAAAUGUUACUAUAAUUUUCACAAAGCUGAGUCCAUGUCCAGUGACAACCUUCAUUUUAAAAUGGUUAUCCACGUACGAAAUGACUCAGCUUUUCAGCGUUAUCAGAAACAAAUGAGGCACAAACCAGGACUGUGGCCACUAUAUAGAGGUUUCUUUGCCGACAUAAAUUUAUUCAAUUCAAGUAAAGAGAGAGCUUCUCAAAUUGCCAUAAACAGUGUUGAUAUGAUUGACAAUGUCCCUGAUAGUAAUGACAUAUCAGGAAAAGGCGGUUUAGCUGAUGAAGAUGCAAAUCUUAUGAUCAAGUUGAAGUUUCUUACAUACAAGUUGCGAACCUUUCUUAUUCGGAAUGGUUUGUCAAUUCUGUUUAAAGAAGGUCCAGAUGCUUACAAGACCUACUACAUGCGGCAAAUGAGAAAGUGGAAUACUUCAGAAGCAAAGCGAGGGGAACUAAGCACGAUGCUAGAAGAGUGGGCAUGCUAUGCACGAAGGAAGUAUGGAAACGAAACGCUAUCAGGACCCAUGUAUCUUACUGAAGUUGAGCCUUUUCUCGAAAAUUACGCAAAGCGCAGUAGAAAGAACCGAGCUCUAAUAGGUUCCGCCGGAAACUUGGUUAAAGCUGAAGAUUUUUUGGCCAUAGUUGAUAGUGGGGAAAAUGAAGUAGGAGAAGUUGAAACAGCCAAUCCAUCUGUGGUGAAGGACUCUGUUGGAAAAGGCGAGGGUCUGAUUGUAUUUUUCCCAGGAAUACCGGGUUGUGGGAAAUCUGCUCUUUGUAAGGAAAUUUUAUGUUCCACAGGGAAACUUUGGGAUGGGCUUCCAGUGCAUAGCUUAAUGGGUGAUCUUACUAAAGGAAACUAUUGGAAGAAGGUUGCUGAAGAGCGCAACAGGAACCCUUCUUCUGUUAUGCUUGCUGACAAGAAUGCACCAACUGUGGAAGUCUGGAGAAGGAUUGAGGGAAUAUGCUCAAGCACUAAAGCAUUUGCUGUUCCAGUUGUGCCUGAUUGUGAAGGAACUGACACAAAUCCAUACUCCCUUGACGCUUUAGCAGUUUUUAUACUUCGUGUGCUUCUCCGUUCUAAUCAUCCAGGGAGUCUUGACAAGGCAUGUCCAACUGCUGGCUAUGUCUUGCUAAAAUUUUACCACUUUUAUGACGGCCAGGAUCGCAAAGUGUUUGAGGCUGAGCUUAUAGAAUGUUUCGGCUCUAUUGUGAAGAUGCCUCUAUUGAAGCCUAAUAGGAGUCCUUUACCUGAAUCUGUGACGUCCAUUCUGGAGGAGGGGAUAGACCUGUUCAGGCUUCAUUCUAUCAAACAUAGAAGAUUGGAUUCCAGCAAAGGAACAUACGCACAACAAUGGGCUAAAUGGGAGAAGAAGUUGCGGGAUAUUAUAUAUAUAAAUGCUGAGUAUCUCAAUUCAGUUCAGGUUCCAAUUGAUUGCGCAGUAAAACAAGUAUUGAAACAAUUAGGAACUCUUGCAAAGGGAGAUUACUCUAGGCCAAGACCUAUUACAGCAAAAAGAAAAGCAGGAAGCAUCAUAUUUGCAGCAGUUAAUAUCCCUGUCACUGAAUUACAAGGUCUUCUUCAUAAACUGGCUGAGAAGAAUUCUGAAUUUGAUGCCUUUUUAAAAGACAAGAAUGUAGAUAGGACCCUUAAACAGGCUCAUUUGACUCUUGCUCACAAGCAAAAUCAUGGAGUUACAGCUGUAGCCAGCUAUGCAUCCGUUUUGCAUCAAAAUGUCCCGGUGGAGAUGACUGCUCUUUUCUUCUCGGAUAGAUGGGCUGCUAUGGAAGCUCAUCCUGGUUCUGUUGAUGGUGAGGAGGUAAAGUCGAAGAAUAUGUGGCCUCACAUCACAUUGUGGACUGCUAAAGGGGCUGCAGCAAAGGAAUCCAGCACUUUGCCGCAAUUGUUUUUUAAAGGGAGGGCUACUCUAAUCGAGAUCGAUCCACCUGUGACUGUAGUUGGCACAAUAGAGUUUCACUAAAUUAAACUAUAUAUUUUAGUAACACAUUAACACACUGAACUCUUUUUGUCAUGGUUUCCAUAGUAAUCAUGGUAAGUACAUUUUUCCCCAUGUUAGUCAAGUACAGUUCUCCUUACGAAAGUAUUGACCAUAAGUUUAUAUUUUCUUAUGGACAACGAAGAUACUUCUGCCGUACCAAAGCAAUGAGAAGUUUAAUAACGAAUGUAUAUCUACUUAGAUAUAUAAGUUUAUAUUUAGAUGUA